AUGAGUUAGUUAACGGAAAGCCCAAAUAGAUUAAAUGAACAACAAAGCAUUCCACAAGAUGAAAUAAUUGACAAGUCAUAAAAAAUGGCGACAUCCUCUCCUGAUAAAGAGAACUCUUCAGAAUUGUUUAGAUUGUAGAAAUAAUAAUUCAUUCAAAAAAUGACUCAGGACAACUCAGCGAGACGUUAAAAAAAAAUAAUAGGAGAUAUUAAAGAUGUGGUAAAUGUGAAUAAACAAAUUGUGAAUUUCGGAUUGGUAAUACCAGGAAAUAUUUGUGAAGACGAUAUAUAAUUUUAGAAUCUCUCCAAUGAGACUGUUAUAAUAGGCAUAUAGGUAAUAUGCAAUAACACAGAAUUUGACGAUCUAGAUGAAUAUGUUUAUUCAGCCAGAAAACUUAAUGGAUAUGAUUAUAAUGAUCGAUUCAUGCUAGCCUGUCCAGCUCAAAAGCAGUUCUCUAUGAAGAUAGCCUUGAAGGUUCCUAAUAUCAAAGAAUAGAAAGGACUUUUUGGUACCAUCAUCAUUACAGCCUCUUAUUCGAAUCACUAGAAAAUAUAGGGUCAAAUUAAUGCUUAAAUUUAAAGUCAAAUUGCCCUUCCCUCGAUUGAAUGCCCAAAAACUCUAAUGAAUUCUGCUUAUAAUCUGCCUGUGAUUCAAUUGGCUUUUAAAUUGGGUAAGAAAUUGGAUUGCAAGAUCCCCUUUAGGAAUAAUAGUUCGAUAGGAUUACCACUUGAAAUGGAAUUUCUCAAUAAAAAUGACAAUGAAAUACUUAUCAAUCCUCCUUCACUUUCAGUGUAGGGAAACUCGCAAUUCUUAGUUACAAUCUAUAUCAAAAGCAAGCAAGAAUAGAUUAUCAAGAAUGUGUUAAUAGUUAAAGUUAAAAACUCCAAUGUUCAUUUUAGUUAUCCAUUCAUAAUCAAAAUAUAUUGA